UCUAUCGUGAGGGGGACCUCCCUUCGUAGGGAUGCUACCCUUGCUAUGUUCUGUAAGUCAUAACAAAUCUAAAUUAUUCAUCGAGUUUUUUAUGCUGCGUUCAUCUGAUCCACUCCCAUCCAACAAGACACUAUGGAGAUGUUGACUUCCUCGCCCAACCAGUAGACCUAGGUCCUCUCUCCUCCACGUUUUGUGCCUGCCAUCAGUCCAGCCCACUCUGCGUCCCCUUGAGACAAGAGCCAUGUCGGGGGUGAAGGUGCAGCGGGGGGUUGUGGACACCCAGAGGCUGGCCGGGAUGCUGCAGAGGCGAGCCACUCAGACUUUGGUCAUCGAUAGCCGGACCUUCUCUGAGUACAACGCGUCGCAUGUGCUGAACUCCAUCAACGUGUGCUGCUCCAAACUGGUGAAGAGGAGGCUCCAACAGGACAAGGUGUCCGUCGCUGAGCUCCUGCAGCCCAAUGGAAAGAUAAAGGUGAACUUGUGCAGGAAACAGGAGGUGGUGGUUUAUGACCAGAGCACCAAAGAUGCCAGCCUGCUCUCCAAAGACAGCUUUGUGCACAUCCUGCUAUCCAAACUGGAAGAGACAUUCAGCCAGGUGUCCCUACUCACAGGGGGCUUCGCAGCCUUCUCCUCCUGCUUUCCCGGCCUGUGUGAGAGCAAGCAGGCCACCAUCCUCCCCAUGAGCCUAUCCCAGCCCUGCCUGCCCGUCGCCAACGUGGGCCCCACCCGCAUCCUGCCCCACCUCUAUCUGGGCUCCCAGAGGGACGUCCUCAACAAGGAGCUGAUGGCCCAGAACGGCAUCACCUACGUGCUGAAUGCCAGUAACACCUGUCCCAAGCCAGACUUCAUAAGCGAGAGCCACUUCAUGCGCAUUCCCGUCAAUGACAACUACUGUGAGAAGCUGCUGCCCUGGCUAGACAAAACCAAUGACUUCAUCGACAAAGCCAAGGUGUCAAACUGCCGCGUCAUCGUCCACUGUCUGGCCGGCAUCUCACGCUCGGCCACCAUCGCCAUCGCCUACAUCAUGAAGACCAUGGGCCUGUCAUCGGAUGAUGCCUACAGAUUUGUGAAGGACCGGAGGCCUUCGAUCUCGCCCAACUUUAACUUCCUGGGCCAGCUGCUGGAGUUUGAGAAGGGCCUGAAGGUGCUGAAGGCUCUGACCUGCCACCCCAUGCGGACGCUGACGGAGCGGCAUGAGGAGGAGCAGGAGAUGCGCGAGGUGCUCGGGGAGCAGAGGGAGGCCAGCUCCUCUCUGGACGGCCAAGAGCUCGGCUCUGAACCCAAACUCCCUGUCCCCGGUGCUCUGAAGCAGGGCCUGAACGGCCUGGACCUGUCUGCCGAGCACAUCGCCGACACCAACCGUCUCAAGCGCUCCUUCUCUCUCGACAUCAAGUCCGUGUACGCGCCCGGGCAGUGCCAGCGCCUCUCGCCACCCAAGCUGGCGCUCACGCCCAUCAGCUCGGAGGACGUGCCCAAGCUGUGCAAGCUGGACAGCCCCGGCAGCAGCGGCGGCCAGUGCUCGCCCGUGCCCGACAGCCCAACCGGCUCGGCCGAGUCGCCCAGCGGAGGUGGGCCGGGCGAGGCCCGCGUGCGUCAGCGGAGGAAGGGGAGGCGCAGCAGCAGCAACAGCAGCAGCAGCAGCAGCAGCAGCAGUGGUAGCAGCACCCUUAGCGAGACCUCCACCCCUCCUACACCCCCACACUCCCUCUCCCUCAGCCUGAGCCUCCCGCACCCACUGCUCGGACCCCAUCACCCCUCGGAGUUGGGCGGCGGCGGCAGCACCAGGAGCUCCCUGCUGCUGAACCUGCCCACUGGCGCCAGCCCCAUCUGGACCCAGCACAGGGACACGGUGCAGGCCACCACGCCCAGCACCCCCACCGGCGAGUGCCCAUGGUUCCUGGGGUCCGGCUGCGGUCCCGCGUCGGCGCUCGCCUCCAACUCCUCCUCCUCCUCCUCCUCCUCCUCCUCCUCGGUGGUGUCCUCCUCCACGCUGCGCUUCGGGAGCAGCUCCGCGUACGUGGCGUUCGGCUGCAGCGGGCGCGCGGGCUCCGGCGAGGAGCGGGUGCAGCUGCGGGACAAGCCCCAGGAGGGCAGGGACGCUCGGGGCAGCUGGCACGAGGACUCAUCCGCCACCGCCGCCGCCUCAGCUGGCGGCGGCAGCAGCGUGGUGGACAAGCAGUUCAAGCGCCUCAGCUGCCAGAUGGAGUUCGAGGAGGGCAUCUCGGAGACGCACUCCCGCGAGGAGCUGGGCAAGCUGGGCAAGCAGUCGAGCUUCUCUGGGAGCAUGGAGAUCAUCGAGGUCUCCUGACGCCACAACCUAGGACUGACCUGAAGUGGACAGACAGGAAGACUUCAAUUACCUGGUGGUUACACUAUUACACGGGCCUUUUUCAGGUCAACUUUGAUUGUUGGCUUGGAAGAUUCCUGCCUCUCAGAGACAGAUAGUCAAACAGACAGACAGUUCAGAUAUUAGGGUCUCUGUGUUGGACAGGUUGGACUAUGAGAAAAAGGCUGCAACUGUCACAGAGUGGCAGGCCAAUGCAAUGCAAGCUGGAUUUUAUGGCAAAGGGAAAUUUGCUCUCAUGUGCUCGAUGGACAGUUCGUACUGACAGAGGCAAAAAGAAGGACAUUCAGUUUAUCCUAAUGUUGGACUGCAGUACUUUGAAAGAAAAGUGCCAUACUCCAGCACCAAAGGAAAGCUAUGAACAUACACACACACACACUGACAAACACAGACAGACACAGACAAACACACACACACACACAAGGCGUGCUACUGUACCAUUCGAAAUGAAGGAUGCGCUUUGGGGAGAGCUCAAGCUCCCAGCAUGCCUAAAUUAAUUAACAUGAAGAGAACUGUGGGUAACCACAGGUGAAAACAUAAAAGAUGCUUUUCAAAAAUACAGUUUUGUUUUUCUUUUGACAUACUGUCAAUUUUGUCAGUGUUAACAGCUAUAUGCGCCGCAAAAGUAUUAGUUGUGAUGAUAUCCUGUGUGUUUAUGGUAGGAGAUGUGCCAAUGGCGCACUCUCAACCAAACUACUGUAACUCCUCCUCCAAAUGUACACUGAGCAUGCUCUAAGUGGCUGGCUACCUACAGACAGACAAGCUGUGUACCCACAGCACUAAGCUUUAUAUAUAUUAAAAUAUAUAUAUCCAUACACAUAUACAUGCAUAUGUAAAAAAUCAUACUGCAAUUUUAAUGGACAAAUGUUUUAUCCAUUAUUUUUGUUUUAAUUUAUUUUAUCUGUUUCAUUCUGGCAAUGAGAAAUAAUAUAAUAUUUGUGAACUCAUGUUGUUUAUUUCUUGCAGUUUAACUGUAUUGUAUUUAUAAGAAUGCAAACACUUACAAACAAAACACAAACUUCAAGCAAUACAAAAUGAUUUUUAAAAGUCUCUAUCAGUCUGACAAACCUCCUCUUGUGUGCCAGUCUUUCAUAACCUCCACAUGCAUGCCAUGAUCGAGAACCCCUUGCCUGACUAGAGCUCCCCCUCUGUUGUCUCUACUAUACAAUAUAUACUGGCUAUAGGUAUGCACAUAACGAAGAAUGAACAUCAUAUUUAACAUGAGAAGAGGCAGAGACUGCCUUUUUAUUCUGAACUUGGUUGCAGUGCGGCUUUCGAACCUCAGCAUUGCGCCUGGGAAACACUCCCACUGCCCUGAGAAUCCAGACUAAGCUCCAAACUCACUGUGCUCUAACACCCCCCCACCCCCCCCUCCCGCCAUUUACACACACCAGUGAAGCACACAACACUCAUGGAACGACUGUUUAACACCACCUGUUUCAGGCGCCCAUUUAACACCACCUGUUUCAGGUGCCCAUUUAUCACCACCUGUCCCCGGCGCCCAUACAGUGGAAUAGACCGGAAGUCUAGCAGGGGUGGGUGGGUAGGUGGGGGGGCAUUCUCAGUCUCAGGGGAAACUCCCAGGAUCAAUUGGUUUCAUUGAGCACACGGACACAAUAAAGGCCUCGUAGAUCAUUUCUUUCCUUCCCCCUCUCUCUCUAUUAUUAUUCCCCAAUCUAUCAGUACCCAUUGCGCUCUCACCUGUGUGUUGUGGAGUGGGGAGAGGGCUUUGGCUCGGCACAAAUGUGAACAGGAUAACUCAAUAUGCAGCGCAGAAUCGCAGCUUCCUUUUCUCCUGUUGGCUUUCGCUUGUGAGUAAGCCUCCUGCUGCUGCUGGGUCUACUGUGUUCUUUUCUGUUUUUUAUCCUCAGCCUAUUAAUGUGGAAGAACAAGCAGGCGAUCCUCGUGUUAUUAUUAUUAUUAUUAUUAUUAUUGGUCAUUUUGAUAUUGUAAAUAGCAACAUUAUGGAUACCUUAGGCUGCUUGAUGCAAAAUACCUCAGGUUCUAUUCAAAUGCUUUUUCUUCCCCUUGUACCUGUUUUGUGGAAAUGAAACAAAAUACAAGCAAAACCACA